AUGCCUUCUGACGCCCACCAGGACCCAACCGCUGUAGGCCCCGAAAGCCCUAAUGGCAACAGCCUGUCAUUAGAUGUCCUCAUUGUAGGAGCCGGAUUCAGCGGCAUCUACUGUCUACAUGAAUUGAGAAAGCUGGGACUCAAGACUGUCAUCUUCGACGCUGCCCCAGAUCUCGGAGGCACAUGGCAGUGGAAUCGCUACCCCGGGGCUCGCGUGGACUCUGAAGUCCCCGAGUAUCAAUUUUCUAUCCCAGAAACAUGGGUUAAUUGGACCUGGUCCACCAACUAUCCCGCCUACGACGAGAUACGCCGGUAUUUCGAGCACGUGGAGACCGUUCUCAACAUCAAAAAGGACUGCACUUUCAAUACGGUCGUAGUAUCGGCAGAAUUCAAUCCCAAAACUGGACGAUGGAAUAUCAUCACAGCCGAUGGUCGUCACGCAUCCGCAAAAUACUUCAUUGUCGCGACCGGUUUUGCCGCCAAGCGACACGUCCCUGAAUGGCCAGGCAUGGACUCCUUCCGUGGAGACAUCCACCACUCUGCCUCCUGGCCUGAGAACGGAGUUGACUUCCAAGGCAAGCGAUGCGCCGUGAUUGGCACCGGCGCGUCCGGCGUCCAACUGACUCAGGCCCUGGGCCCCGUCGCCAGCUCCCUCAAGGUGUUCCAGCGCACACCCAACCUUGCCAUCCCGAUGCGCAAGCGACCUCUCACCGUCGAAGAGCAAGAGCGCCUGAAGCCCCUGUACCCGGAGUUAUUCCGACUACGGGAAACAUCAUUCGGCGGCUUCACCUACGACUUCAUCGAGCGAGGAGUCUUCGACGAGAACGAGAAAGAACGCGAAGCAUUCCUCGAGGGCCUCUGGGAGAAAGGCGGGUUCCGAUACUGGGUCGGCUCCUACGGUGACUAUCUCUUCGAUGCCAAAGCCAGCAGGGUGAUCUAUGACUUCUGGGCACGUAAAGUGCGCGCGCGUAUCGAGGACCCAGUUAAACGCGACCUGCUGGCCCCGUUAGAGCCACCACAUCCGUGGGGUGUCAAGCGACCGAGCCUGGAACUGGACUACUAUGACCAAUUCAAUCGUCCGAAUGUGGAUAUUGUUGACGUGCGCAACAACCCCAUUGAUUCGUUCACCGAAAAGGGUAUCCGUAUGGCCGAUGGUACGGAGUAUGAGUUCGACGUGAUUUGUGUCGCGACCGGGUUUGAUGUCUCCACUGGCAGACUCACCAAUUUGGGUCUGCGCAGUACACAGGGCACGUAUCUGAAAGAUGAAUGGGCCGCGACAGUACAUACGUACCUCGGACUCGCUAUUCACGGGUACCCAAACCUCUUCUUUACGUAUGGACCGCAAGCAACAACGGCAUUAUCUAAUGGACCUACCACGAUUGAGCUCCAAGGGAGAUGGAUCAUUGAUGCGAUUCGGACGAUGGAGCGGAAGGGGAUUAAAUCAGUAGAGCCGACUUUAUCGGCUAUGCAUAGCUGGAAGCACCGGAUUGAGGAGCUGUCGAAUCUGACGUUGCUGCCUACGACGCGGUCGACGUAUAUGGGAGGAACGUUUCCGGGGAAGCCGUUUGAGCAGUUGAAUUAUACAGGUGGGAUUCCGAUGUACAAGGGGGAGAUUAGAAGGGCGUUGCCGGGUUUUGAGGGGUUUAAGGUUGUGAUGCAAUAG